AAGAAAAGAAAAGAAACUCCCCUCUGUUCCCCUCCCCAGGCUCCGCUCUCGUUCUCUCAGGUCCCAAACAGCGCCUGAAACCCUAGCUCGUUCGGCCGCAAUCAGAAGAGGGAUCCGCUCACAUGGCUGGCCAGCGUAACCGUAACCGCAUCCGCCGUCAGCGCGCCAAGGCUAGGUUGGUUUCGGAGGUUGAGGCGGAGGCGGAGGCGGAGGGGGCGGCGAGGGUGCCAGAGGUCGACGGGGAGGUUGUAACUGCUGCCGAUCGCGUCGUCCAGCGCAAAAUCCCUCUCUCCAAGUUGAGCCAAUCGGCAACCAAAGAGGAGCUGCGGCGGCGGAGCCUGAUUGGCCAGAUCCGCGGCCACUACCUCGACGCCAUCUCCCGCCUGCCCACCACCGAGCUCGCCACCACCCUGGCGCGCGGCCUCCUCAUCGCCGGUCACUGCUACGGCCCUCUGCACCCCGUCCACAACAUCAUCGUCAACUCCGUCUGGCACUCGGCCGCUUUCCCCAUGCGCGCCAGCGACCGGAUCGAUGCCCCCGUCAUCAGCUGCAGGACCAUAAGCCGCCUGGUUCAGCGCUCGCUUGAUGGAUUGGUCGCCUCACUUCGCCAUCUCUGCCCCGGCCUCUCCGAUGACGAUGCCCUUUGGCACCUCAGCCUCUCCCGCGCCGACCUCCGUGCCGCCGUUGCCUCCGCACGUGGGUUCCGUCUGACGGCGUCGGAGCUGGAAGCCGCCUUUGAAGCGGCUGCCAAGGCGGCGGGACAUGUGAAACCUGUGGCCCUUGCGCUCUUCGCUUCGUCCGUUCUACUUUCUGUGGAGCGUGAUGUUGUCUCACUGCUCAACAACAAACGCCGGCUUUCCUCGGCUGACAUUCUGUGCCUCUCCACUACGCUGCUGCCUUCCCCGCUACCAGAUGAAUUGCCAGACCCUCCUCUAGAAGAGCGGUUCACGGCGGCAUUUAAGCUAAUCGCUAGAAAAAGGAGCCAUCUCACAAGAUGGUAUACUGAAUGGGUUGAAAUAGCGGACACAGCGUUGCGCAAGUAUGCCCGGCAAACUGCGGAGCAUUACCUGCUUCAUAUCAUCUAUGGCUAUGGUGCCCUGCGGGAUGAAUUUCAUAUGGUGAGAUCUUACCAUAUCAAUUUCAUGGCGUGGCCAAAGAAUCCUUGUGCUAGAGAAGCUCCGGUGUUUUUCUUUGCUAAAGCACUUCUUCCGUCUGUCUCCGGCUUUUGUGAAGAGGACAUCACCUUGUGCUGUACAGUACAACCGUCACCUGUUGAAGUUGAUAGAUGCCAUACAUGUCUUGCUGAAAACUUUCAAAUUGACCACCCGGAUGAUUCCAAGAACUUUGGUGGUGGACAGUACUACCAUAUGGACGGAAUAGGCGAAGACCUGGACUGCCCCAUCAUGACUGAUGUUGACUAUAGAUGUUUUGACCCUGUCAGAGACAUUGGUUUCGUCGAGUGCUUGAAUCAAGAUUUUGUCAAUUACAUGUCAUCUUCGCCCUGGCAUCGCCGCUAUAAAAAACAGAUAGAUUUAGCUAUCUCGGAUUAUUGCACUGGGAUUAUUUGAUCCGUUAUGGUUGCCUUUUGUUGCUCUUCUACAUUGCCGUUAGCUAUCAAUGAUGCCAUUACAGCUGAAGCAUGUGUUCUCUUGAAUGGGCUUAUUCUAGCGAGACAAAGUUGAAUGCAAUAGAAUUAUGGUCAAAUCUGAUUGCACGGAGGUCGUCAAUGUAAUGUAGCAAGUGGGGAAUUCAAUUGGUCUGGCGGAGGCAAUAUGAGGAAUGCUCUUUCUUA